AUGCGGUCGUCUCAGUUUUUGCUCGUCUUGGCCUUCUUGGCCUGCACUUUCGUUGGAUCCGCCGACUGGAUCACGCACGGCAAGGUGUGGAGUAAGGAUUUUGGAGGCAAAGAUGCACCUGAUUUUACAGGACAGACCAAAAUCGUGAGAUUUAAUAUUGUCACAUUAUCUUAUAAGCGCUUGACCUAUAAGGUCAUUUUCCCAAUUUUCAGAAGGUCCACGUGUAUGCUGACGCCUACUUUAGUGCUUGUGGUACGGCUGAAGCCGAUGUGCAUGGAAACUAUCUAGUCCAUUGCGUCCCGAGGAUCCUCCCGUUCACCGAUCCCAACAAGAAGGUCACAGUGUAAGUUGGUGUGCGAAAUAGAGUGCAACCUCUGUGCAACAAAUCUAAAGGGGAGAUUUUUUUUGCUAUAGAAGGGAUUCGUUAUACAGAGGUUAGUUUAGGCAUAAAAAGGACUCUUGGGAUCUCUGAAAUUGCUCGUCAUUAGGGAGGUUGUUCUAUUGUUUCGUUAUAGGAAGGUUCUGGGUAAAAGUUCCUUUUUCUGGCCACAACAUAACUUUACGGAAACUGAUCAGAACUAACCCAAAUUUGGGGUGCAGGCUCAAUUCAUCGUUGUCAAUGCCCAGACGGUGGAUUUAGUUAAUCAGGUACCUUCCUUUUUACGUACCACCUUACCCUUCAAAAGCGACUGCAGCCUGCGAUUUUACACUUUAUACGAUAAAAGCUGUCCGGAACUAAACUUAUUGCCUCAGUGUGGAACUAAAUGAGUCGCCAUAGCCUUAGUAGGUGCCCUUAAAACUAUACAGCUUCUAUAGUAAUUCAGUGCCAGCUAGGUCGAAGUCUUUUUUUCCUAACUUUUGUUCCCAAGCUUGGGCGCAGUUCGCAGAGUAUCUUUGUUGUGGCCAGAGCGCAAUGCGCUAUCUGAAAGUUUGCUGAAAGUGGUAGGGCGCAGCUCGGAAAACUGACACGGGCGCAGCUCGCGUCUCGGGCGCAGCUCGGAAAACUGGCACGGGCGCAACUCGCAUCUCGGGGGCAGCUCGGAGAACAAGCUUUCGCAGCUCGCCGGAGCUAGAUUUCAGCUUGUUUUCGAGCUGCGCCCAAGACGCGAGUUGCAUCCGUCCCAGUUUUCCGAGCUGCGCCCUACCAUUUUCAGCGAACUUUCAGCAACCUUUCAGAUAGCGCAUUGGCCCCAGAAUAAGGAACUUUUUCCAGGUUCUGUUGUGCGGAAUUUUGUUGUACAGAGGUUUCACUAUAAUAGACUCAAUGUUUGACCUACAUAAAACAUAAACAUAUAAUUUUUUUAUCUUAACCUUCCAUGUUUCAGCUGCCAUUUUCUGUACAAAUUCUGUCGUUGCAUCACUUUUAACCCUGUCAAAAGCGAAUGGCUGGAUGUUGAGCUCACCCCAAACCAUACUUAUGUCCACAGUGAACACUGUGGAAUUCUUGCAAACAAGUAUCACUGA